ACGGAACCAGCUCGCCGGUCAUGCCGUUGGCUCUUUUUUUUUGUAAAAACAAAGGUCAGUGUGUAUAAAAGUGGUGCGGACGACCGCGAUCCGUUUUCUUGACUCUUAUUAGUAUUGGCAAGAUGUUACUCAAUUGCAUACGACUUUUUGUUUGUGUGUUAUGUGUGAUUUAUUACACACAAUUCUGUGGUUGUCAGUUAAUUAAUUUCCGAGACUAUGAUACAGCUACAAGAGCUCCCUUGCCAUUCCCAGCUUGCGGAGCUGAGAGCAUCGAAUGCCUUCGACGCGGAAUCCGAACAUUUUUUUUCCUCAUGGAUUCCGAAUACCUUGGGAUGAACGCCAUUGAUCCUAUUAUUUUAAACAGCCUCACUGUUGCUCUCCCCGAUGAGCAAUUGUCAUUUUUAUUGAGGCGCGUCAAUGUUACAGGUGCGAGGUGGACAAAACUCGCUGAAAGAAAGUUUAACCUGCCUGGUGGAAAAAAUGGCGUUAAGUUCGUUAGCGACCUACAUGUCACUGGAGAGCUAACGAUGAUGAUGUCAACGAGAAUUGAUCCUUUCUUCGCCCAAAUAACAAUGGAUAUACAGGAUGUGGAGAGUAAUAUAACAUAUACAUGGGCAGGUCAGCGAGGUUUUGAUAACGAAGAUUACAUCUUAAUAGGCCCAGAAAGGGUCGCUGUACGAAAUGCACGAACGCCAUCUUUCUUCUUGCAAACAAAUAACGACGAGGAUGCAAGAACGAUGGAACAGGUGCUACAAACGAGAUCGUCUAUCCUAGACCAUUUAUCGAACGAAAUAACAAUAUCAGUAAUGCAUUCCAUAGUAGAUAAUUUUAGACUUUUCGCAAGUAAAGUACCAGUUAAAAAUUAUUAUAAAUAUGCUGAAAGCAAUUAAACAGUAUUGAUAAA